AUGGCGGCGGCCUCUAACGUCUAUGCUUUUCGGGACGCUCGCGCGGUGCCGGACCCGGUACUGGAGCCUCCCCCAGCCGUGCGAGUGCCACACCCGGUGCCGCUAGUGCUGGACAACGGCUCGUUCCAGGCGCGCGUGGGCUGGGCGUGUCCGGGGGCCGAGCCUGAGCCGCGCCUGUUGUUCCGCUCGGUAUGCGCGCGCAGCCGCGGGGCCGCCCGCGGCGGAGGUGCUCAGGUGGGCAAUGACCUGGGCAGCCUGGAGCCGCUGCGCUGGCUGCUUCGCUCGCCCUUUGACCGUAAUGUGCCCGUUAACCUGGAACUGCAGGAGUUGCUGCUUGAUUACAGUUUCCAGCACCUCGGCGUCUCCUCGCAGGGCUGUGUUGAUCAUCCAGUAGUUUUAACAGAAGCUGUUUGCAAUCCAUUAUAUUCAAGACAGAUGAUGUCAGAGCUUCUUUUCGAAUGCUAUGGGAUUCCCAAAGUUUCUUAUGGAAUUGACAGCCUCUACAGUUUCUACCACAAUAAAAGAAAAAACUCAGUUUCCAGUGGCCUAAUAGUUUCUUCUGGAUACCAGUGUACUCAUAUAUUGCCAGUCUUAAAAGGAAGGUUGGAUGCCAAAAACUGUAAACGAAUCAAUCUUGGAGGGAGCCAAGCAGCUGCAUACCUACAACGUCUACUUCAACUGAAAUAUCCUGGACAUUUAGCAGCUAUCACUCUUAGCCGAAUGGAGGAAAUCUUGCAUGAGCAUAGCUACAUUGCUGAAGAUUAUGUGGAAGAAUUGCAGAAGUGGAGGUCUCCUGAGUAUUAUGAAAAUAAUGUUCAUAAGAUGCAGCUCCCCUUCUCCAGUAAGUUGCUUGGUAGCACCUUGACAUCUGAAGAGAAACAGGAGAGACGGCAGCAGCAGCUGAGGCGGCUUCAGGAACUUAAUGCUCGACGCCGAGAAGAAAAACUACAACUUGACCAAGAGCGGCUGGACAGACUUCUCUUUGUGCAAGAACUUCUAGAAGAUGGUCAGAUGGAUCAGUUUCACAAAGCCCUGGUAGAAUUGAACAUGGACUCUCCAGAGGAACUACAAUCAUAUAUACAAAAACUGAGUUUGUCAGUGGAACAAACUAAGCAGAAAAUCCUCCAGGCAGAAGUCAAUAUUGAAGUGGAUGUGGUAGAUACCAAAUCAGAGACACCCGACUUGGAGCAACUUGAACAAUCUCUAGAAGAUGUUGAAAGCAUGAAUGAUUUCGAACCUCUUUUUUCUGAGGAAACACCUGAAGUAGAGAAGCCAGUUACUACUGUGCAGCCCAUGUUUAACUUAGCAGAAUAUCAUCAGCUAUUUCUUGGUACAGAAAGAAUUCGAGCUCCAGAAAUCAUUUUCCAACCAUCUCUUAUAGGAGAAGAACAGGCUGGGAUAGCAGAAACUAUUCAGUAUGUUUUGGAUAGGUAUCCUAAAGACAUACAGGAAACCCUUGUCCAAAAUGUUUUCCUCACUGGUGGAAAUGUGAUGUAUCCUGGAAUGAAAUCUAGGAUUGAGAAAGAACUGCUUGAAAUGAGACCCUUCCAAUCUUCUUUUCAGGUCCAGGUUGCUUCUAAUCCUGUAUUAGAUGCCUGGUAUGGAGCUCGAGAUUGGGCCCUAGAGCAUAUGAAUCGUGAGGAAGGCUGGAUAACCCGGAAGGAUUAUGAAGAAAAAGGGGGAGAAUAUCUCAAAGAACAUAGUGCUUCAAACAUUUAUGUCCCCAUUCGGGUUCCAAAACAGACUCCACGAACAUCAGAAGCCCAGGCAUCAAGCAAAGUAGCGGGAGUUAGUGUAAGCAAUCCUUGUGAGCAGGUAUAGCAGGGCUUCUGUACAAACAGACCUCGCAUAGAAGCAGCAUUAGGGAAACGGCUUCUGUGUCAUAAACUCUUAGAGUAAAGUGCCAGAAUAUGGGUCCGUACAGAAUUGUUUGCCGUGCAAUCAGCCUGCUAACCCAAGAUAGCAAAUUUCUCCUUUAGAGGAAUAAUUAAGAAACACUUUUUGACUUUGGGAGCCACCCUUAUUAGAAACUUUUCAGCACCUUGGUAUCUUUGACCAUUUUGGAAAGGAUCCUGGAUUUGUGCAGGUAUACAAAUGGAAACAGAGGAUAUAGUAGGAGAGAACAAAUGGUUCAAGAUGUGGUAUCUUGUUAUGUUUAUCUUUUUUUAAUAAAAUAUAUUUUUCUUCUUGA